CGUUGGGGAGCGAGGGAGGUCGCGGCCAACUCCCGGAGGGACGGCAGGCCGAGAGCACCGCCGCCCGGCCUGGCGCCGAGCCUGAGCCCGCCGGACGGGAGGCGGCCCAGCCGCGGGCUCGGCCUCGGCCCCAGCCCCGCCAGCAUGGCCGGCCGGACCGUGCGGGCUGAGACCCGGAGCCGGGCCAAGGAUGACAUCAAGAAGGUGAUGGCGACCAUCGAGAAGGUCCGGAGAUGGGAGAAGCGCUGGGUGACUGUGGGCGACACGUCCCUUCGUAUCUUCAAGUGGGUGCCAGUGGUGGACCCCCAGGAGGAGGAGCGACGGAGGGCAGGUGGCGGGGCAGAGAGAUCCCGAGGUCGGGAGCGGCGGGGUAGGGGUGCCAGCCCCCGAGGGGGUGGUCCCCUCAUUCUGCUUGAUCUCAAUGAUGAGAACAGUAACCAGAGUUUCCAUCGGGAAGCUUCCCUGCAAAAGGGCACUGAGCCCAGCCCUGGCGGCACCCCGCAGCCCAGCCGCCCCUGCCUCACCUUUCCGGACCACCGGAAGGGGUCCCCGGAGGAAGCCCAGCCGCCGCGGCCUAGGCCAGGAGAGAGGUAGGACCAGGUGCCGCCUAGGAGCCCUCCCCUCUGCGUCUUGUCCUCUCCGAGGUUGAAGCCACCAGCUUAUCCCUGUACCUGCUCCCCCUCUUCCGGUGCCUCCUCUGGAGGCUUCCUGACUCCCGUGGAAGGUCAUGACCCUUCUCUUGACUUCUGGUCUGUUGAUAACUUAUCACUGGGAUUUUCAUGUAAAUUUAAAUUUUAUUACCUAA